AUGGAGGAUUUAGAAGAAAUUGGAGAUUUUGAAAUUGAAGCAUUUUUGGACAUCUUUUCGAUGAAGAAGCACACUUUGGGGAGAAUGGUCUUAAAGGGAAAGCAAAAACAGCUGAAAAGCUUGGGAUACGGCAAUAAACCCAAAACGGCAGAACCUCUAACAGAAGAACACAUAAAUAAAAUGUACGAAUGUAAACCCCUGGGUGACGACAAUGCACGUGCUCUCAUUCAUUCCCUUUGGCUGAUCUGCACAACAUUUUUUGGAAUGAGAUCUGGUCAGGAAAUCCAUAACCUGAGGUGGGGAGACAUAAAUCUAGAAAUGGAUGACCAAACAGGAGAAGACUUGAUUUUGGACACAGAAAGGCAAACGAAAACAAGGACUGGUGCAAAUCCAAAGGAUACAAGGCUAAUCAAACCAAAAGCAUUCAGCAAUCCAGAAAAUCCACAGCGAGACCCUGUUUACCUGUACAAAUUAUACAGUCUAAAGCGCCCAAAUGCUUCAAAUACAGAUGACAGCCCAUUUUUUCUGGUUCCCGGUAGUCAUCAACAAAAAUGCUGGUUCAGGAACUCACCAAUGGGAAUUAACAAAAUCUAUUCCAUCAUGAAAGAAAUGAAGGAAGAUGCAGGGAUUGAAGCCCCACGCAUAACCCCAUAUAGUGCAAGGAAGCGUCUUAUUCAAAAGCUGUCUGAUGAUGGCGUGCCAGCCAAUCAAAUUGUUCAAAUAUCCGGUCACAAGAAUGUCAACAGUCUGAAUAAUUACAGUAAACUGAACAAUGCACAAUGUAAAAAUAUUUCAAAUAUUCUAUCUGAUAGGCCAUCAACAUCAAAUCAGUCUGUAGCUCCAUGCAAUUCAGCACUUUAUACCAACACCCCACCCACAACAUUUAAUGGAAAGUGUGAAGGUGCUGCAUCUAGAGGUUUCUUCAUUAAUAGCCAUUUCCAUGGAAAUGUCACAUUUAAUUUUCAUUCCUCUACAACUUCAACACAAAAGCCGUCACAGCAGGUGAUAAAUCCAAGUACUGAAUCAGAAGUUUGCAGCGCUGACAGCUCGCCACUGCACCCAAAAAAAUACCAACGGAUCCGCAUGAUAUCCGACAGUGACAGUGGUUGA